UUUUUCAAGGAAAACGUACUCAGUGCAGAUGAAGAUAGACCCUCGUAUAUUCCACCGGUUGAAUUUGGAAGAAAGCGAGAAAUUAACCGUCGACUAUUGGUAAGUCCUUUCAGGCUUGACCCGUUUUAAAUUUGCGUCAGUUCCAUUCUCAGUAUCGCUUUUGCCGAGAGUUAGACUUUUGAACUGGCACUAAACGAAAUGUUUAACGAACCAAGGAAAUGAAAGAAGAAACGCCUUGGUCAAAUUAUUAGUAAUCAAUCUUUUUAAUUUCUUAAUAAGUAGUCAUAUCUCUAUUCUCUUCUUAUUCGUUAAUUUCUGUAAUAGUUAUUUAACUGUUUGCGGGCAAAAAGAACGCUGGUAUUUGUUUUCAAAUCGAUUGAUGGCAGAUUCGAGCGUAACAUUAUUGACGUCAUACAUUUGUCCUGCGAGGUCAUCAGCUUAACUGGGGACAAGGCUAAAUAGAAAAAAUUGACAAACAGGCGGACAGAAGGAACGGAGCGAGAGACUGGGGUAAAGGUCAGCAUCUCCCAGUACCCACUCCUUUUUAAUGUUUCUCUCGCUGUCUCCGCCUAUAUUUAACCCAUGGAGGGCACUGUUCACGGGCUACUAUCAGCUUGUCACAUGGGCCUCGAUUUAGAAAAACGAAAUGAAGGGAAACAUAGGAAUUGCAAUUCACAAACUAGAUCAAGAUUAAAUCAGUUCUUUUCACAGGCUUUAUUUCGUGAAUUUUUAGCUGACAGCUCAAUUUGAUCAAGAGCUUUUAAUUGAAUGAAUUUAUAUUGAGGCGAAUCUGGUGAUUGCGAUCCAGGCCACAUAGCAAUGAAAUUGUGAAUGAUUGCCUGAAAAUUUAAGUAAUUUGUUUUUCUGUUUCAGGAAAAGCUACGAGAUCAUCGCCAUCAAUAA